GUCAGGAAAUGCAGAAGCUUGCUGCAAACAGAUGUUCUGUUUUUGGUUAGCUUUUGGCUUGCAAACAAACAGUGAGGAAUGUGAAACUUUUGGAAGGGAUUUUGCUGAAAGCUGGGUUUGUGGCUGGGGGUGGCUCCAAGCUGCAGGCAUGAACAGGAAUCUCUGACAUCAGAUGGUUUUGAUUAUUCUGGGAAAGUCCAUCGGUCAAUGGCAUUUCCUCCCUGCUUGGGAGUGGUUUUUCAAAUUCCAGCACUCGCCUAGUUGGUACAGCACAGACCCCUUGGGGUGCUCUGUUAUUUAGAACAAGACUUUUGAUACUGGGAAGGGAAGGUGCAUCUUCUAUCACCAGUUUCUGGAGUGGUUGGGGCCAAGAGGCACAGACAGCCCAUCUGCAAACGAUUCCCCUCCCUCCGUCCCUCCCUCCAAACAGCGUGCUCCACCAGAAAGGCUGCUUGCUAGACCGGACUGGACUGGCAAGAGGAAUACAGCAGAACCCACUAUGGGGAGAGCCGUGGCCAGAGCAACUGUGGCCCUCUUUUUUUCCAUCUUCCAGCCAGGAAGUGCCUUUUGGCUUUUCAAUGUGCUCUUCCCACCCAGUACCACCCCGGAAGCAUCGCUUGCCAACAAUACCUCCCCUGUGGUGCUUGUGCCUGGCUACCUUGGGAACCAGUUAGAGGCCAAGCUGGACAAGCCUGAUGUGGUGAACUGGAUGUGCUACCGCAAAACUGAGGACUACUUCACCAUCUGGCUGAACCUCAACAUGUUCCUGCCCCUUGGGGUUGACUGCUGGAUUGACAAUACCAGAGUGGUGUACAACAGGACAACUCGGAGAAUGUCCAAUGCCCCUGGUGUCCAUAUCCGAGUCCCUGGGUUUGGCAAAACCUAUUCUGUGGAAUACCUGGACAAAAGUAAACUGGUUGGGUAUAUGCACACAAUGGUCCAACACCUGGUCAAUAAUGGCUAUGUGAGAGAUCAAACAGUGCGAGCUGCCCCCUAUGACUGGAGGAUUGGACCCAAUGAGCAAGAGGAAUACUUCCACAACCUGCGUGCCCUGCUGGAGGAAAUGCAUGACUCCUACCAGCAGCCUGUCUUCCUCAUUGGCCACAGCUUGGGAAAUCUCUACAUCCUCGACUUCCUUGUCCGGCAGCCCCAGGCCUGGAAAGACCAAUAUGUCCGGGGCUUCAUUUCCCUGGGAGCUCCCUGGGGCGGAGCUGUGAAGUCCAUAAGGCUCAUGGUCUCAGGGGACAACCAAGGCAUUCCAGUCAUGUCCAGCAUCCAAUUGCGUGAAGAACAGCGCAUGAACAACCCCUGGAUGUUCCCAACUAAUCUGGCUUGGCCCGAGACCCACGUCUUCAUCUCAACCCCCUCCUAUAACUACACCUACAAUGACUACCAGCGCUUCUUCACUGAUGUAAACUUUGAGGAUGGCUGGUAUAUGUGGGAUGACAUCAAGGAUCUGCUGAAAGGGCUGCCCCCUCCGGGAGUUGAGGUGUACUGCCUAUACGGCACUGGGGUCCCCACUGUAGAGACCUACAUUUAUGACGACCGCUUCCCCUAUGAAGACCCCGUGGAUGUUGUGUAUGCAGAUGGGGACGACACAGUCAGCAGGUGCAGCCUGGAGCUGUGUAAGCAAUGGCACACGCAGCAGAAGGAGAAGGUGCAUGUCCUGGAGCUGCAUGGAGCCAACCACCUCAACAUGGUCUUUGAGAACAGCACCCUAAACUAUAUCAAUGAAAUCCUGCUUGGAAGCUUUGGAAAUGCCUCAGCAGGGGGAGGGCCCUCUGAGCCCCAUUUGGCAAAGCGAAAGAGAAGUAGGGACGGCCUCCCACUUGAGGGAAUUUGGGGCCGGUCCAUGUCUCCUUCAUAGAUGUGGCACAGCACGGUUGCUCAUACCCCCCCCCCCCAGUGCCACAUGCAACACAGCUGAAUGCAAAAGUGACCUGCAUGGUCCAACCAUCCCGCUUGUUUUGAAAGGAGAGGCUCUUGCAGAUUGUCCCUGCAGCUGUCAUACAGUAUUUUCACUGCUGACAUGAUGCCCCCCCCAAGAGUUCAUGUUUUCCAACUCUGCUUUCAGUGGAACCAUUUAAGUAAGCCAGUGAACUAGCCUGGAGUUAUAUUUGUUCUAUGCAAAAAGAACAAGGAGUCUUGGGCCACCCUUUAUUAUGGCAUUAGACUUCAUGGACUAUAGCCACUUCACCAGAUGCAUGGAGUGUGAUCCUCAGCUAGGGAUGGGCAAGAAUUUCUAUUCAGUUUGCGUUUCAAGCAGAAUCUAUCAAAUCCACACUUUCCAAAACGAUAUGAGAACUGAAGCACAGCCAUCUUUCGAAAUUUGUACUUACCCAGUUUUGAGAUGCAGUUUGCUAACCAACCAAUAUUCACAAAAAUGAUGUGUUGGGGGGGUGCAUAGAAAUAAAUAUGAUUGAUAAUUACUUACAAAA